UGUUAGAAUACGGGUGGGGAAAACAAAAAGAAAGAAAGAGAGUUCCGAACCGGGAGAAUGAUCCAUUAUUGUUAAACCCAGCUAGCUAAAGUCGUUUUGGUUGCAAAUGGAUCUUUCGUUAUAAAGAUGUUGAUGGGAUUUGUUUUUGGUCUGAGGAGCUGAGAGCUGGAGCGAGUCGGGAAAAAGGAGAGUCUAGGAGGCCGGAGUUUGUCGCAGUAGGUAUGGAGGUGGAUGCGGGUUUGGGCCCGGCUCUGGACAUGGAGCUGGGGCCUGAGGUGGAGGAGGAACUCGGCGUUUCGCUGGAUGAGCUACGCAGGUGGAUCGAGGAGCAGGUGGACAGCAGUGAGGUCGUGCAGCACAAGAAGGCCCAGCUAGCCGAAAUGCAGGACUGGGUCGAGCAGAAAGAAAAGGACAUGGCCAGUAUGGACAAACUCUGCUCAAACGCAUCAGAGUCUGUAAUACAGUGUGAAGUUCUAGUGAAAGAGCUGUACAAUAACAUAGGGCUGGAGUAUCGGGAGAGCAGUUCCGAAGACGAAGGAGUAGGUGAAGGCAAAGCUUCCGAGGUCAUCGAAAUCGACGACGACGAAGACGGCGAUGACGACGACGAAGACGACGACGACGAAGACGACGACGAUGUCAUUGCAGUGGGCUGUUUGGUUCCACCAAAUAAGAACACGACGCCAGUCAAAGACUCGCUUAUGGAAGCGUCAGCUGCACUUCAGAGAUCUACGCAUCAGGUGCACAGUUUGAUGCACACGGUCGGCAAGACGACGCCGUCCACGGCCAUCACGCCUACUAAAGGCUUGGCCCCUCCCUCUCCUUCCCGGGGCUCAAUGCUGAACAUUCCGGCAGUGUUCAUGUCUUCAGGCCCGGCACACGCACCCACGCAACCCAAUCCGGCGCUAAAGCAGGAUGUCAUGAGGCUAAACAUGAGCAUUCUGGGGAAGAAACGCACCAAGACCUGGCACCGUGGAACUCUGAUUGCUGUUAACUCAGUGGGCAGCGGCGUUAAGUACAAGGUGAAGUUCGAGAACAAAGGGAAAAGCCUGCUGUCUGGGAACCAUGUCGCGUUCGACUAUCACCCAACCCUGGAGCGGCUGUACGUCGGCGCUCGCGUCGUUGCCAAAUAUAAAGAUGGCAACCAGGUGUGGCUGUAUGCUGGCGUUGUUGCUGAAAUGCCCAACAGCAAGAACCGCAUGAGGUUCCUGAUCUUUUUUGACGAUGGUUAUGCUUCUUAUGUCGCCUUGCCGGACCUCUACCCUGUUUGCAGACCCUUGCAGAAGACGUGGGAGGACAUCGAAGAUGAGUCAUGCAGAGAUUUCAUCGAAGAGUACAUAACGGCAUACCCGAACAGACCCAUGGUCCUGCUAAAGCCGGGUCAGAUCAUCAAAACCGAGUGGGAGGGCACGUGGUGGAGGAGCCGCGUGGAGGAAGUGGACGGGAGCCUCGUCAAAAUGCUGUUCUUGGAUGAUAAACGCAGUGAGUGGAUCUAUCGUGGCUCGACCCGCCUGGAGCCCAUGUUCAACCUAAAAAUGAGCACGGCCAACAACCAGGAGAAAAAAAUGUCCGGCCAGAAUCGCGCACGACCCAAUAUGGGAGCUAUGAGGGCUAAAGGCCCUGUGGUGCAGUACACAAACGAAAACAAUUUACUAGCAAACCGUGCCGCGGUCACCCAGUCGACGCCACCUCGGCCUCUGCUCGCCGUUCCCUCCCAGCCCGUUCGCACUGAGACUCAGAUGGCUAAGAAGAGCACGUCCCCGUAUGUCCCUGCCGCUCGUCAGAUUGUUACCACUGACCUCCAGCUCAAGACCGUCGGCAUCCUUCCUCAAACCGCCAGCUCCAGACUCUUCUUCCUGCAGUCAGGGCCAGUGCAAACCCUGACACCUAUUGCUCCAGCUCCUCAAACCUUGCUACCUGCCAUAACUGCUAUGUCUACCAUGUCCACCAUGUCUACAAUGUCCACCAUGUCCACAAUGUCCACCAUAUCCACCAUAUCUCCGUACGCGAGUGAGCGGAUUCCUCAGGAGCCGUCCUAUCAGGCCCCUAACGACCGGCUCUUUUAUAUGACACACACCUGCACACCUGAUUGUCUGAAGCGCAUCCGACCCACGCGACCCAACUUGCACCGGGGUCGAAACCCGCUGCUCACCCCGCUGCUGUACGAGUUCCGCCGCAUGACCGCACGUCGCCGCCUCAACCGCAAGAUGUCCUUCCACGUGAUCUACAAGUCCCCGUGCGGCCUGAGCCUGAGGAACAUGGCGGAGAUCCAGCGCUACCUCUUCCAAACGCACUGUGACUUCAUCUUCCUGGAGAUGUUCUGUCUGGACCCGUACGUCCUGGUGGACCGCCGCUUCCAGCCCCAGAGGCCGUUCUACUUCAUCAGGGACAUCACGGGUGGACGCGAGGACAUUCCGUUGUCCUGCGUCAACGAGAUCGACAACACUCCCCCUCCCAGCGUGGCAUACAGCAAAGAGCGCACCCCGGAGGACGGCGUCUACAUCAACACCAGCCUAGAAUUCCUGGUGGGCUGCGACUGCACCGACGGCUGUCAGGACAAGUCAAAGUGUUCAUGCCACCAGCUGACCCUGCAGGCCUCAGGGUGUACUCCUGGUGCACAGAUCAAUCCCAAUGCUGGCUACAAUUUCAAGAGACUAGACGAGUGCUUACCUACUGGGAUGUACGAGUGUAACAAGCAGUGCCGCUGUAAUCCUCAGAUGUGCACCAACCGUUUGGUGCAGCAUGGCCUCCAAGUCCGCCUGCAGCUCUUUAAGACCCAAAACAAAGGCUGGGGCAUCCGCUGCCUUGACGACGUUGCCAAAGGCUCUUUUGUUUGCAUCUACGCAGGGAAAAUCCUUACGGAUGACUUUGCGGAUAAGGAGGGCUUGGAGAUGGGCGAUGAGUACUUUGCUAACCUGGACCAUAUCGAGAGCGUGGAGAACUUCAAGGAGGGCUACGAGAGCGAGGCGCACUGCUCGGACAGCGAGGGCAGCGGUGUGGACAUGAGUCGGGUCAAAAUGGCUUCGUCCCAGCAGGGCAAAAACGGGCCCAAGACGGAGGAUCGCAACAUGAGCAGCAAAGGCCAAGACUCUACGGAUGAGGGAGAGAGCGACGACGAGAAGGACGAAUCGAAGAGCGACGAGAGCGAUAGCUCGGAUGACACUUUCGUGAAGGAUACGUACUUCUCCUCCAGCUCUGUGUGGAGGAGCUACACGACGCGCCGGCAGGCGAAGGGCAUGAAGGAAGAGAGUCAGGACAGUAAGGAUGGAAUGAGCAUGUCAGCUGGAGGAACAGAGGACAGGAAGCCGCCCCCUGUGCCAGAGGAGUGUGGGAAGAGUAAAGUGGCCUCAUGGCUGACCAGCCAAUCAUCUUCCUCCUCCACCGGAACUCCGAAUGUCAAAAUGGAGGGAGGAAUAAAGGCUGAGAAGAAGGAAGUGAUGACCCUCUCUGACAGUGACGAUGUGCAAACUAUCAGCUCCGGCUCAGAUGACAACAAAGAGCGUGAAAAGAAGACGCAGGCGGUGGUGAAGAGGCAGGUGGCAGUGAAAUCGACCCGAGGCAUCGCUUUAAAGUCCUCGCAUAGCAUGAUGGUAAAGACAGGAGGUGGUGGAACCGGGGGCUCGUCAGCCAAUCAGGGCCAAGGAGGCGGUCCAGUAGAAAGCAAUUCUAGAAGCACGCGGCAGUUCUUUGACGGGGAGGAGUCGUGUUACAUCAUUGAUGCAAAGCUGGAAGGCAACCUUGGACGCUACCUCAACCAUAGCUGCAGUCCAAACCUCUUCGUCCAGAAUGUGUUUGUGGACACUCACGACCUGCGAUUUCCCUGGGUGGCCUUCUUCGCCAGCAAGAGAAUCCGUGCAGGAACGGAGCUGACGUGGGAUUAUAACUACGAGGUCGGCAGCGUGGAAGGAAAAGAGCUGCUCUGCUGCUGUGGUUCCACCGAGUGCAGAGGACGACUGCUCUAACACACAAACACAGACAUUCACGGAUUAUUGACAUUCGGACCCGCAUGUAAUCAUUGCUGUUUUUAGGAACAUUUCUGCCGUUUGAGGACACGGAGCGUAUGAAAUAUGAAUAGAAGAAUCAGCCGGUCAGGUGCUCACUGUUACUGCAGGAUUGCCCUUAAUUCCAUCCUUCUUUCCUUAAGCUCUGUCGUAAAUGAAAAAAAAAAAAAAGGUCACACUAAGUUGUGUAGACGUGAUGUAAUUAUCUCCAUCACUUCACAGAUUUCUACAAAAAGCCUCUCAACUCUGAGUUUUUCUCUCUUCUGUUGUCUUUUAGCUUUUGAAGUAGUGCUAAAUGUAUUGAACUUUUACUCGUCAUGUUCCCUUUGCUCCACAAUUUUUAUAAGUCUCCAUGUUUCGCAUUGUCUGUAUAUUCCGCAUUUGCUGUGUUUCUAAGAACAGACCCAACUCUACUGUGCAACAUAAAUAAAUUUUGUUCGGAAGUAA